AUGGCGUCUCCAGGAAGGUAUGACAACGGGGAGGGUUCGUCAUCCCAAAACCCUCGGUCAUCUCCGAUAGCAACCUCUAUUCGCCGUUCAGGGUCUCCCACUCCAGACGCCUCUGUAAGGCAUGCUUCAAUAGCUCGGCUAGCAUCUCCUGUACCAUCUGCGUCCAACUCUGCUUCCGCGAGACAAAUACCGGUUCCAGUACCCCCAGACGACACGCAAGAUCUCGGCAAGGUUGAUAACCUCUCAUCUCUUCCAGGUCCUGGGCAGUCUAUGAUUGCGUCUGGCCUUCAAGAUAGCCUGGGCCGAUCGCCUCCAAGAUUUGGGACCCCGCCAAGGCAUACCGAGUCCCCUCUUUUCAACCAAAAUGUGCAAGUUCGGUCGAAUUACGGCUCCUUCGAUCAAAAGCCUUGGAAAGAAGGGUCAGAAUACUCUGCCGCUCCGUAUGAGGACCCGGAAAUUGUCAAGAGGCAUUUAGUGCAGCCCGUGGAGAGUCAACAUGGUAAAUACUCGGGAGAUGGUACCAAUAAUGCGGACGACGAAUUCUCCAGUCUACAACUUCAAGGGGGUGACAUCACUAGACAAGUUUACAGAUGGGCUGAGGAAGCGGAAGAAGGCGGUUCCACGCGAAAACAUCAGCGCAGCAGGAGUUUCCAUUUUAAUCGACCUACUCCUGAGGGGGACACUAUGAACAUCAACAGCAUUCGUGUUCCAGGUGGAUUUCGAAGGGAUUACUUGCGCAGAACAGCCGGAAGCCCUUAUCCGGGAGACCCUGAUGCAAGGGACGGGGCCUCUCCUGUUCCACCUCAACUUCCGACGACAAGUUUCCUGGAGUUUCUGACCCUCUUUGGCCACUUCGCGGGUGAAGAAUUAGAAGAAGAUGAUGAAGUGCUUGGACCUGACGAGUACUUUUCCUCGGACGCCUGGGACGAAUCAGAAGAACGAGAACCGGGUGAGGAUUCUGCCCUUCUUCGCCCCGAAACACCUGGUAAGAGAAGGCGCAAGCCCCGUGGAGGAACCGGAACGAACACAAGAACUGGAGCAGCGCUGCUUCUUCUCAAAUCGUUCGUGGGCACUGGAGUUCUAUUCCUCCCGAGGGCCUUUCUAAACGGGGGCAUGCUUUUCAGCAGUCUAGUGCUGCUCGCUGUUUCAUUGCUCAGUUUCUACUGCUUCAUUCUUCUCGUGAACACGCGAUUGAAGAUUGAGGGUUCAUUCGGUGACAUGGGGGGCGCACUCUUUGGAAAGCAUAUGCGCCGAGUCAUUCUCUUUUCGAUCGUCCUUAGCCAGUUGGGAUUUGUGUCUGCAUACAUCGUUUUUACGGCUGAGAACCUGCAGGCGUUUGUACUUGCUGUCAGCAAUUGCAAGUCUUUCAUUGACAUCAAAUUCAUGGUUUUGAUGCAAUUGGUCAUCUUUCUACCCCUCUCAUUGAUCAGAGAUAUCAGCAAGCUAGGAUUCACUGCUCUCAUUGCAGAUCUGUUUAUCCUGCUGGGCCUGAUCUACCUGUUUUACUACGACAUUCUCACAAUAUCCGCGCAAGGUGGUGUUGCUGAUAUUAUAUCAUUCAACCCGUCGACUUGGACACUCUUUAUUGGAACUGCUAUCUUCACCUACGAGGGUGUUGGCCUUAUCAUCCCCAUUCAAGAGUCGAUGAAGCAUCCCAAGCAAUUUACAGGGGUCUUGGGUGGCGUUAUGAUCAUCAUCACGAUCAUUUUCCUGUCGGCUGGCGCCAUCAGCUAUGCAGCUUACGGCCCGGCAACCAAGACCGUGAUUCUCCUCAACCUCCCGCAGGAUGACAAGCUUGUGAAUGCUGUUCAAUUCCUUUACUCUUUGGCUAUUCUCCUGAGCACCCCGCUCCAGCUCUUCCCGGCUAUCCGAAUUAUGGAGAAUGAGUUAUUCACGCGCAGUGGCAAGUAUAACCCUGGUAUCAAGUGGAAGAAGAACGGCUUCCGCUUCUUCCUCGUAAUGAUCUGCGCCUUUGUUGCUUGGGGCGGAGCCGAUGACUUAGACAAGUUUGUCUCUCUCGUUGGUAGCUUCGCCUGCGUUCCCCUUAUCUAUGUUUACCCGCCGCUCCUGCAUUACAGGGCUUGUGCGCGGUCCAGACGACAGAAGAUUGCAGACAUAGCGCUUGCCUGCUUCGGAGUCGUCAGCUGCAUCUACACUACAGCAUUGACACUCAAUAACUGGGUUCAGGGUGAUAAUACCAAGGCCCCUGGAUAUUGUGACUCAUGA